AUCAUUUGAUCGGGUAAGAAUUGUGAAUUUGUGAACCCGCUUCACAACCCAGAAACCAAAUAGAAAGGUAGAAAGGGAAGAAGCAAAUAGAAAGAGGAAAAAUCAAAUCGGAGUGAAAACUAUGGCGAGUGGAGCAGCAGCACCAGCAGGAGGAGGAGGGAAGGUAUCGUUUAAGAUCACAUUGACUUCUGAUCCAAAGCUUCCUUUCAAAGUGUUUAGCGUGCCGGAAGCUGCGCCUUUCACCGCCGUCCUCAAAUUUGCCGCCGAGGAAUUCAAAGUCCCUCCCCAGACAAGCGCUAUCAUCACAAAUGAUGGUGUUGGUAUUAAUCCUCAGCAAAGUGCAGGUAAUGUCUUCCUCAAGCAUGGUUCUGAAUUGCGGCUGAUUCCCCGUGAUAGAGUUGGGACUCUGCGGACCUCCUUUUAGAUGAUCUUGUCAUAAGAAUUACUACAACUCAGUUAUGCUGUCAAUGAAUUUCGUCUUGGAUGUAAGAAUUCGAGGCUUUAUAUACUACUCAUCGAAAUAUGUUCACCUCUUGUCUCGAAAUUAAUAAUGUACAAGUUACAAAAUGGAAAGGUUUUGGAGUUUGGAUAAA